UGUACUCAAACAACAGCUCCUCUCUUUGGGAGACUUGUGAUACAAUCGAAUGUUUGGAGGAAAAUGACCCGUUCGCUAUGCCGACCUGGAGAAAGUGUCUUCAUUCUCUCAUCUUCUUCAUGAUGGUUGCAGCUGCAGAUAUUGGAAAUAUGAUCGUGAUUUGGAUCGUGAUCUCGGAUAAACGAAUGAGGUCUGUGACGAACUACUUCUUGGUAAACCUGUCCAUAGCAGAUAUCAUCAACGCUACCUUCAACGUUAUCCCAAACUUUGCGUACAUGCUCACCGGAAACUGGCCUUUUGGAUGGGUGUACUGUAAACUUGGAACCUACUUCUCUCUAAUCUCUGUGACGUGUUCAGUGUUCACCCUGGUUGCUAUAUCCGUGGAUAGGUACAAUGCUAUCAUAAACCCCCUGAGGCCCCGACUAUCCAGGUUAAAAACAAUCUUCAUUGCUACAUCUAUCUGGAGCCUUGGAUUGUGUAUUUCGGUACCUCCUCUACUCUACCAGAAGACAGUUUGGGGAAGUAUUGAUAAUAGAACCCAGUGUAUCUCUGCGUGGCCUGAUGCAGCUGGAUUUGAGAGUAAACUGGAAUACGGGUACAAUGUGUCCUUCAUGGUGGUGACAUACUUCCUGCCGAUGAUAUCUAUGCUCUACGUGUACACAAGGGGUGAUUUAUCUUUGGUGGGAGAAUUGGCAAGUCUUAAGGAUAGUUUGAAUGUAUUUCGAAAACGAGCUAAGGGUGUAUCCAAGGAGAAUCAAGUAUCAUAUCCUCUACCUGAAGAACGUGUUCCGGUACGAGAAUCCAGUGAAGAAUAUCAUGAAAUGAUGAUAAGGAGUUGUGAUCCAGACAAUGCCUUCCAUGAUGUAGAACUUAUGGCGAAAUAA